AUGGAAGAACACGGCGUUUCUGGCCACAGGACCCAAGGGGAGCCCAGGGGGCUGGUGGUGGUGGUGUGUCUUGAUCUCUUGACCAUGUUCUCUUUGAGAGCCCAGCCAUGCAUUUCAGCGGAGGCGGCUGUCUGGCCUUCCGCCGCCUUCGACUGGUCCCACGGGGCGUUCUGGGCAGGCGCUUCCUUCCUGCAUUCCUUCUCCCCCCCGGGGGCCCCCAAGGCCGCCCCUGCCGUUGUCCCCUGGCGCGCGGGGAGGCGUCGGAGGGGCGGCAGAGCGAGCGGCCGCGGCAGAGCGGGGAUUCGAACCCAGGUCGCUGGCGGGAGGCUCCCCGGGGGCCGCGCCGCGGCAAAAGCCCCGCCCUCGCCCGCGGCGCACGCGCCCCUCAGCCGGCCGCGCAGGCGACGUCACCGGGGAGGGGCGUGCCAGCGCCAGGCCCCGCCCCCCGAGGCCCCGUGGCUGGCGGAGGAGGGCGCGCGGCGGCGGCGGCCCCCGGGGAGCGUGCGGCCUGGCGGCGUUCCCAUGGCGACGGCGGCGGCGCCCUUCCGCUGCCCGCUGUGCCGCCGCAGCGCCUUCUCCGGCCGCCCUCGCCGCAGCCACCUCUACAGCGCCGGGCACCAGCGGCGGCUGCGGGCCGUCCUCGCCCGGCUGCGGGAGAAGGUGGCGGCGGCCCGCGAGACGCUGCGGCGGGCGCAGGUGGUGCGCUACGACCCCUCGGAGCACGACCGGCCCUUCUGGUGCCCCUGCUGCCGGCGGGAGGCGCGGCGCCACCUGGCCCACGGGGCGCGGGCGGCGCUGCACGCCGGCCUGCUGGAGCACGUGGCCGGCCCUGAACAUAAAAAAGCAGUACAUUCGUUCUGGUGGGAGAACAAAGCGGACCCCAACCUGAAGUCCCAGUUCCUGAUUUCUUCUGAGGAUUAUGAGCUCUUCAAGGCAUCUCUCACCAAAGCUCUGGAUACUUACGAAGCAACCAAAGAGGAAGUCAUUCAGCAGAUGGCAGCUCAUAUCCGAAAGGUGGAAGAGAGCCGACGAGAAAUGGUGCAGGCUGUCUUAGAGCCACAGACGGAGACAGAGCAGUGUGAGGGGAUUGCUGUUGUCAAGACCUGCACGGGGACCCCAAGUGACUUCUCCUUUGCCAUGGAAGAAAAUGCACAGCCAGGCCCAAGCGGAAGUGCCACCUCUACUAGAGGACAGCUUGGAUCUCCGUGCAGGACCAUGCUUGAACCAGACUGGCAGGAACCAGGGCAGCCCUUAACAUUUAUUGGCCACCAGGAAACACAAGGGAAGGGUAAUGUGCAUACAGGAGCCAAACCCCCUUGGUUGCUGGAAGAGGAGGAGGAGAACAGCAAAGGGCAAAUUGGGCCUUCAUAUGAAGAAUUUCUCAAGGAAAAAGAGAAGCAGAAGCUGAAGAAGCUCCCCCCUGAUCGGGUUGGGGCCAACUUUGAUCACACCUCUCAGACAGGAGAAGGUUGGCUUCCCUCCUUUGGACGGGUGUGGAACCAUGGCAGAAGGUGGCAGUCCAGGCAUCAGUUCAAAGCUGAAGAGGGACAGAAGAAACCAAAAAGGAAGAAGAGGCAAGUGCCCUGA